UUUAUGUCAUUUCUUGUUUUAUAAAUACUGUAAAUUCUAAUAGCAAGAUAUAUAAAAAAUAUGUUAAUAAAAUAACGUGUAAUACAAAGUAUAAUCAUAAUGACAUUUAAAUAGAUAAGAAUUCAAUAUUUUAAAUUUCUAAUUGUUAUGUAUAAUACUAUGAAAUAGAAAAUUGAAGAAAAUGGAUGCACAUCCUGUAGCUACUAAGUUAAAAUUAGAUUUUAAUAUCAAUGUUGAUCUCUCCGAUGUUGUCUUUAUUAAAGGCAACAUAAGGAAAUACAAUGAAACCACUGCUAAUAAUGUGUUUGGUGAAAAAUUAUGUCUUGUUUAUACAAUAGAAAUCUCAAUCUACAACGUACCAUUUUCCUUGAAAAUACUAGCAUUUGCUUAUGAAAAUUCCAGUGAAAUUUUAAAGCUAGAUAUUGACUUGCCCAAUAAAAAUAUAGAAAAAGAAAUAGCAUCUUGUCGAAAUUUUCUACAAAGACAUCGUAAUUUAAAUGCAACUUUCUCGACAUUAAUACAAUUUGCAAAAUUUGUGGAAACGAGGAGGUUGAUAUCUGCCAUUGUUAUCAGUAAAGAACCCAAAGUUGUUUUAAGUAAACACGAUGAUGGAGGGAUCACUAUUAAAUAUCUAGAUAAUUUAUCAAAUGUAUUGAUCUGUAUUUAUUGGAAAAUUUCUUGGAGUUUAAAAGACUCUGUAAUUGUUGAUGUGAUAGAAGUUUAUUAUAAUAAUUUUAUUUUACCUAAUGCUAAUGAUAUUAAAGAAAAACUGACUGGUUUAACACAUCCAUCAUUAGACUUUCACACCAAACUGAAACUUUGGAAAUUAUUAAUGAGCGAUCUGAGGAAAAACAGCAGCAGUACCAUUCAAGCAGUGAUAACCAUUAGAGAAACUCAGAAGGUAUCAGAAGCUGAUAGUGUUUUGGUCAUAUCAGAUAAUGAAGAAGACAACAAGAAUGCAAAGUCUUCGGACAUGAUAAAAAAUAAACGAAGACGGAUAGAACCACAAGUUUGCUCAUCGUCAGUUGUAUAUGUAGUUCCAGAUUAGUAACAAAAAUAGGUACCUGUUCAUACAUAGUUUUAAGAUGCAGUUGACAUUUUCAUGUCUGAAGAUUAUCUGCAUAUUGAUAGCAACAUUCUUAAGAUAAAUUUAUUGAAUAAUGAAUUUAAUGUGGAAGUGUUGUGCAGAAAUAUUUAAAUAAAUUUCUAAGUAUUUUUAA